AUGGAGGCCGUGACAACUGCCUGGGAAUCGAUCGAUUGGGAUGGAAUACAGGUAAUUUUUAAUCGAAAACAUUUUCAAACAAAUUGAAAAUUCAUUUUCAGGCCAGAGUAGAAGCAGAAUGUGCAUCUCUGGGACAACGACAAGAUGAGGGCGAAGAACGACGACAGAGACUUCUCGAGGAGAGCAAAGCGUUCAAAUCGAGGACGGACAAGGUGAUUACCCGGAAAUUGCGCGAUUUUACUUCAAACCGGAAAAAGCUUAGCCAAAUCUCAGGCCUUUACUAGAAUAAUCCCUUCCAUAUUUCAUUUCCAAUUUAGAAAAUCCGAGUGCCAAACCCGCUCACAGGGCGAAUGACCACUACCUAAAUAGCACAUUUGUUCGAUCCAUCAUGCCUUUUCCUCUCUUCAUUCUUCGUCAUUUUCCGUCUCUUUUCCCCCCUCUUCCCCGUCUAUAUUAUCCGUCGACGCGUGUACGCGCAGACAGCUGUCCGAUCGCAUAAUUAGGCCCUUCUGAGCACUCGGAUCGAGAAGACUCUGCCAUUUCCAUUGUUGGUUCAUCUGUCACAUUUGCAAUCAAUUUUGUGAAGAUUGGAAAGAUUGAACCGAGCGGAGAUUCGGGUUACAUGAAAAUGAUUUUUCGGGAAAUUUGGAAGCUUGACAUCGCAAAAUUAAAAUGUUCCACGUGAAUGAGUAGGAAAUGUGCCAUAUAUAGCAACUUAUGCACUAAAACCAUCGAAAUGUGCUGAAAGAGAUUAGGAUUAGACGAUUGACUUUCGGUCCUAGAUUUUUCUUCUGAAAAAUCGGAUUUCCAUACAUUUUUUUGUUGAUAUCAUUGCUUGGAAAUUCUAAAAAAACCUGACGAGUGAGAACAUCAAUAUCAGCUUUGCGGUAAAGAACAUAACCAUUUUCCCAAUUUCAGACCUAACUAGUAAGACUGUAGAAUUAGUAAGUUCCAUGCUUUCAAAUAGAAUUCCAACGAUUCCGAAGCGUAACCGCUUCCCAUCAGUCCCAUCGGCCCCUCGGUCUCUGCUCAAACUUUGUGAGCUCUUCUCCUCUCCUUCUUCUUCUUCGACGAGAGCACCGAAAAUGUAGGCGAUGUAUCUUCCAAUCGCUCUGGCACACGCUCUUUCUCCAUCCCUCUUUCACUUUCCGCUCACUCGCCAGACUCACUCAAAUCGAUUUUCCCCUUCUGCUCCCUUAGAUGGGCUCCCUUCUUUCCUCGAGAGAGAUCGGCGAGAGAGACUCAGAGAAAAGUGACAGGCAGUGCCCAGAUCGAUUGGGAAUAGCUGCUUAAGGGGGACGUCGGACGGAGACCUCCUUCUGGACACCCAUUUCCAUUUCCAUCCCCAUUCACAGCACGGCAGAAGCCGCAGAUCUCAUCAGACAUGUCAGAAAAUACUCUUACGCCCACGCCUUCCCUGACUUGCUCUUCUUUCUGACUGUCCUGCUUAGAUGUUUAUCCACCUCUUCAAUAAAAACUUCUUCAGGACGUCCGCAAGCUAACCACCCCUCUGAUCAAAGCCUUCCAAGAAGAAUUCGACGGACUCUUGGCGAGAAUCGCUUCUGCAGAAAAAGCACUCAUCGAGAUUUGCUCCUCGAUUGUCAAUAUUCCAGGUUCGGUUCACUCUUAAACUUUUCGGCGGGAUUUGAAGCAGAUUCUGGGAAAACGUGCGAGGGUAUAAUAGAGGGAUUGGUGCACUUUGGAUCUGGGUUUCCAUGUGAUCGCGUAGUGUAUAUUUUUCUAGAAUAAUUGAGAUUAGAAUCUCGUCAAAUAAAAGCACAACUUUUAUUUAAAGUUGAUCGAGAUCAUCUCGUCAAUGUUAUCAGCUAUUUGAGUUUUCUAACUUUUUCUGAUCCACUAGGGAUUAAUCAGUUCUCACUCCAAUUUCCGCUACAAUUAUGGUCACAAGCCCUUCAAUCUCCGCUUCCAUCGCCUGAUCGGCUAAAGUCGUUCCGCUCGUUCUCGCGCAAAUGGUCCGCUUCUUCUUCUUCUUCUUUGUCGUCUCGUCCGUCCCAUUCCGCUCUCGGCUCCGUCCGCAUUCAUCCAUUCCCUUUCUCAGGGGGUUUGGGCCGUCCCCUCGCCGCCCGUCCGACGCCCUUUUCGCCCCCUCUUCUUUUCCCUCUGCUUCGUCACGAACUCUGACUCGUCUGGCCGCCCAUGAGUGUCUGGCUCUCUGUGCUCGCCAUCGCUUUCAUGGAGAGAGGGAAAAGAGAGCAGAAGAGGGACGGGCGAGCCCUUCGAUUGCCUUUCGCGUCGGCUUCCCGAUCGAUCUGUUUUCCUCCUCAUUGCCUGAAGUCAUGCCACUGCGCAUCUUCUCUCGCUUGUCGCUCUGCCCCCAGCCAGUACGAUGCGGGCGCCGCUCACUUUGAGCCUGUUACGAGACGGAGAAAGCGGAGAGCCGCCGGCGACUCCACCGCUACAGUAUCCUCAUAGCUCUUUUCACUCGAAAAUAGCUACAAACGAAGAUGCCAGUUUAUUAGCCCUACAGUAUCCCUAGAGCCCUAAGGAAGUUCUCAUUGUCUUUAGUACUAACAAUAGCGAGUAUCCCUAGAAUGUACUCAUAUGUAACUGAUCUUUCCCUUCACUUCUUCGAGUACUAACAAUUCCGUCUAGAUUCCAAAAAGAUUGUUAUUGAAAACCCAUCUGUGUGUCGAUUUCCAAUUUCCAAUUUCCGGUCAUCCCCCAGAGAUCAUCAUCACAUUCGCUGCGUUCCUAUCACCAAAAUAGGCGAAAAACUAUAGUUAUUGACUAGAAAUCUUAUAUAUUUUUUCUGAUUUUCAGACCCGAAAUCACUGCUGAAAGGCGCCGAGGCGUGGAAAAACGACGCGGAGAAGUUGCAAAAGACAGUGGAAGAGCUGGAAAAUCUGAAACGUCAAUUGAUCAAAGCAAACUCCGAAGUGGACGAAUUCCGUGGAAAAGAUGUUAAAGUGCGAAAGCUGAAGGACAAAUUGGCCAAGCUGGAAUCCGAACAGGACUUUUUGGUAGGUGAAAUUGAGAAAGUUCUGUCAAAACUACGAUUUUCAGAUUGAAAACGCGGUGAGUGAAGCGGAAAAGAGAGCGGAGGUUGAGCUCGAAUCCCGAUUGGCCGAGGUGCUCGAAGAAAGGGACAAAAUGAAAGAGCAGAACGAGAUUCUGGAGAAGAAUCUGGAUACUGUCGAGUCGAAGAACAAGGAAAUGCAGCGAAAACUCGAAAUCGCCCAGAUGACAGUGGACCAGAAAGACGGGCUCGAAAAUGAGCAAUUGGCUAUCACAAUGAAAGAUUUGGCCGAUGCCAACCACAAAAUUGUAUUUCUCGAAGAAAAAGUCUCGCAGCUGGAGAAAGACGCCGAAAAAGUGAACAAUGCCGGGAAAAUCGAGGACAUCGCCGCGCUGGGAUCCGUUUUGGUCCAGAAAGACGAGCUGAUUCAGCAGCUGAGCAACGAGAUGAAACUCGUCGAAACGGCGCAUUCCGAAGAGGUGGCCAAGUGGAAAUUGGCCAAUUCGCAACUGGAGAGCCAGAAUCAAAGCUUGCUUUCCGAGCUCACGGAGAUCAAAAAUCAACUGGAGAGCAGGAAUGAUUAUGAGGCGAUUAAGAAUGAAUUGAGGUGAGUUUUAGAUGAAAAUCAGUGUUUUCUUAGUUUCCAGACUCGUUUUUUCAUGCUGAUGACUCCAAUUUCAGACUUUUGCGUGAAAUCGAGUUUGGCGCAUCGGCAGAAGCCAACGCGGAAUCGAUUGAACGUCUCGGCGAAACGGUGGAAACUCUGGACCGUCUGCUGGCCGAAAAGAACCGACGUCUUCAGAACGAAAACGCGAGUCUUCGGGUGAUGAACGACGGUUUCAAAUGUGAGAAUUGAUAAUAUUGUACUUUUGCAUGAAUGUCGUCAAUUGAAAAUGAUAUUGAUAUUGAAAUUGCCAAGCAGUUUUGCCAGCAGCACGCGCAUGAUUGUAGAGCAUUUUGUGAUUCUGUAGCUCGUUUAUUCAUUUUUAUUUUUAUUUCCUUGUUAUUGAAUUUUCUUCGUUGUACGUGUACCUUGUAAAUUUUCGUAAAUUUGUUAAAGCUUCUAGUAGAAUCUUGCUCAUUAUCCAGGCGACGAAAUAAUGACGGCAAUCGUCACCGGAAGCCACUCGAAAAUUGUGGAAACGGUCGGAAAACGCGUGGGCGUCGAAGAAGCGAACAAGUACCGAAAAAAGAAUACGGAGCCGGAACUGCUAUACAAAGUACUGCCACAUCCCCCACCACCACCGCCCCCGCCUGUGUUCGACAGGAGCUCAAUGCAGAUUUAUAAGCGGAAGAAAGAGGAAAAGGAGUUUCGAUUUGAUGAUCCCAAUGUGGAUGUGCUCACGUAUCUCAAGGUUUGACUGUAGUUUGAGACUCAAAAACGUUUUUUUUUUGCUCAGAAAGUGAAAGAAAAGAAGAAUAAGGAGCGAGCAGCAGCCGCUGUGGCCGCCGUCUCAGGAGUUGGAGCACAAUGCUCGAGCGGAGCAGUUGCGGGCCUAGGACCGAGACAUGUGCAGAAACUGGAAACACACACUAUCACUACGACUGCACUGCCAUGUCCUCUCCCUCCGAUCUUGCAAAACCUAAUGAAUGCCAAGGAACAGUUCUCACAAGAAGAGGAUUUGAAGUUAUCCACCGUUUUAAACCUGAAAACUAGAUUUUCAUCGCCAACUAAACUUUUGGAAGGCAAAACUUCAGAAGAGCAACGGGCCGAACAGGAAAUGAUUGAGAAGAUGCAGGUUUGAAUUUUUAAAUGAACAGAACCUCAAUCUUACAAUAAUUGCUUCUAGAAUCGAAUUAAAGAAAAUGUUCAAGCCCUCAACGGACGUCCUCUGAAUACAACGGAAAUUGCAUCACACUGCAAACGUCUAAUGCUCGCCUACAAUAUCGGUCAGAGACUUUUUGCGAAACAUGUGAUGAACCAGGUGGUCAAGGUACUACAAUCGGCAGAAACAAAAUUAUUAAUCGAUUCUAUUUUAGUCCCAAGGAUCGCUUUCUGAACUCCUCUCAAAACCCCGGCACUGGAGUAAGCUGACCGAUAAAGGGCGAGAAGCAUUCCGUCGCAUUUACGGCUGGAUUAGUGACGAUGAGGCGAUUGACAUGCUCUGCUCACUAAGUCCCAGGAGAGUUUGGCCCGCCGAGCAGAGUAUCGAACAUCCCUGCCCUGAAUCGUUGAUUGAUAAUAGCGUACCAGUUACUGCUACUGUGGAAGUUCGAGAGGAGCCUGAUCCGAUAGAGCCGGAAUCGUCGCCCACUAUCGACAUGACUCUGAUCGAAGUUGUACCGGAUUCGAACAAGAGUUCCCCUGCUGUCAAAUCCCCUGAACCAACGUCCUCUCAAGCAACCGUCUCAACCGUGCCGCUGAGAUCUAGCCGAUGGAGACAUGACGACAUCUCGAAAGAGAAAAUCUUGAGCAUUUUCCAAACGGAGCUGGCGAAGCUGAAAGAGCAGGAAACUGACAAAUCCCCUUUGAAAUCCUCCUCUACGCACUCACGACGCUACUCCAACGCCUCUACGCUAGAAUCUGUGCUGUCUGGAAAAAUCAGAGCUUCGGCUGUAGAAGCAGUACUCAAGGAGCGUAUGUCGACUGGAUUGCAGCCGUUGACGCAAGCGCAGUACGAUACUUAUUCAGCUCUGGAUACUGAUCUACUUGUAAAACAAAUCAAGGAGUUCCUGACAGUCAACUCAAUUUCCCAACGACAAUUUGGAGAAUUCGUACUCGGAUUGAGUCAAGGAAGUGUUUCGGACCUACUUUCAAGGCCGAAACUGUGGUCCCACCUGACCCAAAAAGGAAGAGAACCGUACAUCCGAAUGCAGUUAUUCAUGGAUGAUGUGGAGACCGCGAAUGUCGAAGAAGUGGACGAUAAACAGCCGAAGAUUACAGUCUGUGAUGAGGAUUCCGAGCUCGCCAAGACUUUGGCCACAAUUUUGGGGACUGCGAAACCGGAAGUUGAGCCUUUCAAAGAGUUUGUACCGAUUAAGCUUGAUUCGGAGGAACCACUUUCGGAGAUUGACUUGGUAAUUUAGAAAAUAUUUAGAAAAUCUUGACCAAAAACUUUCAGAUUAUGCAAAAAGAGAGCGGAAGUGCUUUGAACGAUCUAGUGAAGUACGUGGAUCCGAACGGAGAAGAGAUUUUGGAUACAUUUGAAAUCGUCUAUCGCGUCAAAGGAGUUUUAGGAGAUCAUGGAAUUUCACCGAGGGUUAGCACAAAAUCACUUCACGAUGAAAAGCCUACAACAUUCAAUUAUUUGCAGGUUUUCGGUGAUGAAUACAUGUGCUGCUCUCCGAGUAUGUGUGCAGAAGUUAUGAUGCGUACUAAGCCGUUUGAGAAUGCAAAACCGAGCGAGAAGACGAUGUACGCAAGGAUGAGAAACUUUUUGAGCGACGCUUCUGCUAUUCCGAGACUUAUUGAAAAAGAGGUCAACAAAGGUACCGAAUUGUCACGAAAAACCUUGACGUUUUAUUUACUAUUUACAGAUCCUGGAAAAGAUAGGUACGAUCGUCUUUUCUCUGAGAAUCCGAAUCCGAGUCCGAAUCCACGUGGAAUAAAACGGAAACCAUCCUCGGAUAUCGACGAAAUCAUCGAUGGACCGCCGCCACGUGCGAAACCAGUUCAACGCACAGUCAUCACGGAUUAUCAGAAAGACACUCUUCGAUUUGUGUUUGCAAACGAGCAACAUCCCUCCAAUGACAUCUGUGAGCAACUCGCACAAAAAAUGGACAUGUCCGUCAGAACUGUCCAGAACUGGUUUCACAAUCACAGAACACGCAGUAAAGCGCGCGAAAAGGAAGGCAAGAUUUACUCGGACGCGCUGCCGAACGGGAAAAUCGCCAAGAGCAUCACAUGGAGAGCGGAACUCGAGAAGAUGCUGAACAACGUGCCGGAGAAGUCUGGAUCUGUGCGAUCUUCCGUUGAUUCGCCGACCAACAACAACAACAGUCUGCCAAUCUUCAAUUUCGGAUCAACCGCUCCCGCGAUCAAGAAACCGUCCUCUGGAGGACAACUGGAUAAACUCGUGGCAAGAAUGCGACAGCUCGCUGAAGGAAGAGAAGCCGCCGCUGCGAAUGCACAUGCGUAAUUUAUAUUUUUCAUAUUUCAACAUUUACUGAACAAUAGGUGGCCGGCCCACAUUUUCACUGUCAUACACCUAAUGUCAUAAUUCCAAUAACCUGCUUCAGUCAUCUGUAUUCCAAAACAUUCCAAUUUUUAUUCCGAUCUCCAAAUAAUUGUUCACUUAACCCCAGAUUCUCUUCUCCAACCUUACUUGCAUUUCAACCGGUUAUGUAUGCUCUUUUUCUGAAAGAUUCGCUCGAUUUUCUGAAGUUUGAACUUUUCAAACGAUCUCAAUCUGAAUUGCACCAAUAUUUAUUUGUCAUGUAAUAAACAUUUAAAGACCCCUGUGUUAAUUUCUUGGUUUGAAGAAAAAGGGAGAUAAAAAGGGCAACGUCGAAAAAAUUGUAGUUUGUAAUUGUAAUAUGUUUUUCAGUCCGAACCGAAGAGCAAGAAGCAGAACUCGUUAAUCUGAAGGAAAAGGCGGAAAAACGCGAACGACUUGUAGCUCAACUCGAAAAUGACCUGGCGAAUGCAGUUCAGGGCACUAAUGUAAGCAAAAUAUACAGAUUCUGAUCAAAUAGAGUAGAAAAAGCUGGCUAAAUUAUAUUUUUUCAGCAAAUUGAAAGCAUGGACAAACACUCGGAAGCUUCGCUGGUUCCCAUCUUGACUUCGCAACGAAAUCGGCUUCACGAACGAGUGACAACCCUUGAAGAAACGGUUUCACUCGAAAGAACCAAGCAGCUGGCUGUCCAGAACGAAAUUGAGCAAGUUCGCGGCGAAAAUGUAAAACUUGCUGAACGCAUUCGCUUCCUGCAAAGCCCCAAAUCUAUGGGAAAUGUCGAAGCCGGAUUUGCGGCCAAUGAGUAGGAUUCUUUGAAAAUUUUGCAAAAAAGUAAAUUUUGUACAAGCUUCAGGCUCUCCAAUCGUAACAACGACAACAAGAAAUUUUCGAUGCACGAUAAGACGACUCUGAAUAUUGGAAAAGCGAUUCUGGCGACUCCGAGAAGCCGAACGACCUUCUUUGCCUACCUUCUCAUCCUUCACCUUCUUAUCAUGCUGGUGAGUGGCCCCUCUUUUAUUUUUACAAUUUCAUUUUUUAAUUUAAGCAUUUUCAGGUCCUCUACAAAUUCGCCUUUGAUCAAUCGGUCGUCCGGGAUGCGGAAACGGAAUGCGAGUACAAAUUCCAUCAGCACAUGAUUGACAAUCACAAAACAUAG